UAGGAAAUGACCUCAAGAACAAGUUUGUCUGUCUGAUCAUUUGUUGUCAAAGACUCCACCUCUGAAGUUGAGAGCAGCCUUCCUGGAGCACAGUUAGACAUCACAGAGCUGUGAUCAUACGCACCACGAUGAAACAGAGCCUGAUAACAGCUUUAAUUCUCUGCAGCAUCAGCUGGAUCUCUGUCUCAGGUUCUGAGUCUCACACUGAGACUGUGGAGGGUCGGCCGGGUGGAGAAGUCACACUCACAUGCUCUAACCCGUCCAACCGAGACGCUCUAACAUUCUGGUUGAGAGUGGUCAACAGAACCAAGGCCAGCUGGAUCUCCAUGAUGGCCAGCUCUACAGUAAAACCUUUAUACAGAGAUGGAAUUAAAAAUGGAAGAUUCAACAUGAGUACCAACAUCUCCACUCUCUCUCUCCAAAUCAAACAUGUGGAUGUAUCUGACUCUGGACUGUAUUUCUGUGGAUUUUACAUCGGAGGACGUUUUAAUUUCAGCGCAAUACACUUCAAUGUUAAAGUGAUGAUUCUCAUGAUGACACUGACAGGAAGUCUGAAAUCUGAUGGAACAGCAAAGCUGAUGAGUUUGAUCCUGGGAGCUCUGACUGUUCUCCUCUUAAUGGUCAUCAUUGGUCUGGUUGUUGCAAUCAGGAAACUUCAGAAAGCUGCCAAUGAAGAACAGAAUCCACAACAGCCUGAGAACCGGGCCUCUGAAGAGCUGAACUACGCAGCUGUGGCUUUCCGUCCAAAAACAAGAAAAACAAGAGAAGUGGAGCCCAAUGUUGUUUAUGCUUCUACUAGAUAG